AUGGGCACAUCAUUUACUGACCAGGUCGAUCUCAUUAGCACUAUAAAAAAUCUAUUUUUUCGUUGCUCCACCACAGGUGUAGAGCAAUCAUGUUCACAUCCAUCACUUUUUCAUUGCCCACUUUCAUUAAAAUGCAUUUCAAAACAUCGUCUGCUUGACGGUAUAUCCGAUUGCUACUUUGGUGAAGAUGAAGCGUUUCAUGCGUGUCAUCUGAACGAUUCACGACGAUUUAUUUGUGAAUCAGAACCAGACAAAUGUUUAUCGCCAAUGUUACUGCAGAAUGGCAACAAAGAUUGUAAAGGUGGUGAAGAUGAAAUGACUGAAAAUCAACAUGAUAUGUUAAAAGGAAUCGUUUCAUUCGGUUUGAUAUGUAAUCGCAAUAAUGAACAAUUAUUAUCAGAAUUUAAUGAUACCGACGAAACGAACUGUGAGUAUUGGCCAUGCAAUAAUAUUUAUACUCAAUGUGAUCAUGUCAAAGAUUGUGCUGACGGUGUUGAUGAAUUAAAUUGUCCCAUUAUAAAAUGCGAAUCACAUGAUGAUGGAGUACGCAAUACGCUAUUGUCUGACCAAAUUUGUUAUUCGUUAAUGGUUUUAAUGGAAGAAAAUUUAAAUUGUAAUAUUCUUUACACAGAAUAUGCAAUGUCUUUUAAUACUACGAUUAACAACAAGACAACAAGUUCCUCAAGUACCGAAUCAUGUCUACACGCAAGUAACGUAUGUAUUAUAUCUAAUCAUCUAUAUGGGAGUCAUGGACUGCUUUUCGUUGGACCGAGCAUAUUUUUAUUUUCAACAGUAGCAAAAUACUGGCUGUCACAAAUUAAAAAACAUAUUUGCCCUAUUACAAGAGAGCCUUACCAAAGACUUGAAAUCACAGAAUGGACUUUUAAAUCGUCGCAGUUGGGAUAUUUCCCACCAGAAUUAGCUAUGGUAUCUAAACGAAAUAGUUCCAUGAUUAAAAAAGAAUCAUUAAUCAAUUUACAACCCGACGAUAUAACAAUGUGGUAUUGUAAUCGAGGAAUUCGCAUUCUUUUUAAUGAUCAAAAUACAAAGAAAUGUUUGUGUCCACCAAGUUAUUUCGGCGAUCGAUGUCAAUGGCAAAAUCAACGAAUAAGUUUAACACUGCAGUUAGUGUAUCGUACUGAUACUUACAUUAUGACAGCUUUUCAAGUGGUUGUCAUGCUUAUUGAUGAAGAAAGUCAAAGCGUAUUAUAUCAUGAACAAAUCACGUUUGUACCGAAACGUAAUUGUGGCACAAAAUAUAACCUUUAUUUACUGUAUCCAAAUCAACCAAAAAAUUCUUCUACAAGCUAUUCGAUACAUAUUGAUUUGCUUGAUAAAUUGACAUUAAGCUAUUUGGGAAAAUGGCAUCUUUCUAUUCCAUUUCAAUUUCUACCAGUUAAUCGAAUUGCUGCUCAACUAUUUAUUCCAAAUUCAAAAGUAAUUUCGAAAUCAUGUCCUUUAUUUUGCGGCAAACAUGGUCGAUGUGUACAAUACAUGAAUGGAAACUUCUCAUACUUCUGUCAAUGUGAUGAAGGAUAUUCGGGUUCACAAUGUAACAUUCAACACAAUUGUUCUUGUUCACUGGAUUCAUAUUGUCUUAGCUCGUCAAUUUGUGUUUGUCCACUACACAAAUUUGGUUCAAUGUGUUAUUUAAAAAAUUCAAUUUGUCAAAUCCCUAAUAAUCCGUGUCAAAAUAACGGAAUCUGCAUACCUCAUGAUGAUCGUAUGGGUUUGAAGAGUUUUACAUGUUUGUGUGCGGAAAAUUUCUUCGGAACAAGAUGUGAAAAUUUCAAAAAUCGAAUUGAUAUUACAUUUAAUGAUGAAAAUAUUGGUAUGAUGCCAAUUAUUUGGGUACAUUUUAUUACUUCAAUUGAAAAUGGUGGUCAUCAACGUAAUACAUUAUUAAAAAAGAUAAAAUUUGCACAAAAUCUAAUUAGUGCUUUUACGACCGAUCCAUUUCAUGCUAUUUUUAUUGAAUUAACUAAUCGGACCUAUUAUUUAGUUGUAUUAAGGGAAAUAUUUAUCGAAUCGGAAUAUAUUCAAACGAGAAUCUUAUCGAAUUACCGAUGUGCAUCUAUAUACGAACUAAUGAAUAGUACAUUUUCAAAUUAUUAUUUACUUCGUCGUAUUAAAUAUUAUCCUUAUUUAUGUCAACAAAAAGAACAAAUGAAGUGUUUCUAUGAUGAAAUAUACAUGUGUAUAUGUGAUGUUAAUCGAUUUUCCAAUUGUUUUACAUUCAAUCAUACUAUAUCACAUGAUUGUCAAGGAGAAAAUAUUUGCGAAAACAAUGGCCUAUGCUUUCAAGAUACUCUUAAAUGUCCUCUUUUAUCGAUUUGUGUGUGUCCCGCAUGUUAUUAUGGUACAAAAUGUCAGUUUUCUACAAGAGGUUUUGCAUUAUCCCUUGAUUAUAUUCUCGGUUAUAAUAUUAAACCAAAUAUUUCAAUUCAUCGACAGCCAUUCGUUAUUAAAAUAAGUAUUGCCAUUGUAGUAGUUAUGUUUAUUUUAGGACUAAUCAAUGGAAUCUCAUCUAUUGUAACAUUUCAAAGCAAAAAAAUAAGAAAAAAUGGUUGUAGUAUCUAUCUACUUGUUUCAUCAUGGAAUUCCUUGUGUCUAAGUAUUGUAUUGAUAAUCAAAUUUUGGCAAUUACUUUUAUCACAAAUUUCAAUUAUUAGCGAUCGAUUAUUCCUUACAUGGAAUUGUAUAUUAUUAGAUAUGACUCUCAAAGUUCUUGUAGCAUCAAAUGAUUGGUUUUAUGCUUGUAUUGCUCUCGAACGAGUAUUUACCGUUAUCCAAGGUGUUAAUUUCAAUCAACUUAAAAGCAAGAAAGUAGCUAAAUGGGUUUUUUCAUGUAUAUAUCUGGUAACAAUUCUUACUCAUAUUCAAGAUCCUUUUCAUCGUCGUUUGAUUGAUGAUAUUGACGUUGAUGAACAACGAACUUGGUGUAUAGCUCAAUAUUCUUAUGCAUUAAAUAUUUUCAAUAUGUUAAUUGCACUUUUUCAUUUUGUUGUUCCUUUCUCAGUGAAUAUAAUUUCUACCAUAUUAACAAUUAAGCACAUAGCUCUCUCUCGUUGGCAAACUCAAACUGCAAUACCAUUCGUCGUACAUCUACGACGACAUUUUAAUCACCACAGACAUCAUCUAUUCGCAUCAUGUGCAUUAAUAUUAUUGGCUUUACCUCGUCUCAUCAUAUCAUUUAUCAGUGGAUGUAUGAAAUCGCCAAGAAACCCAUGGUUAUAUCUCUUUGGUUAUUUUAUUUCUUUUACUCCAUCCAUGGUUACAUUUAUUGUAUUUAUAUUACCAUCAGAGCAAUACAAAAAUGAAUUUACGGCCGCUACUCAACAUAUUAUUCAACGAUUUCGCACGUGCUUUGGCAUAAGAAAUCAUAAUAAUAAUUAG